AUGGAUUCCCGAUUUAAUAUCGGUCCUAGUUUCAAAAAACAUAAAAAAAGAAAACCCAUUGUUGAAGAUGAUAGGUUUAGGAAACUGAAAGAAAUCGAAAAACUUGAAAAAUAUACCGAUGCCAUUGUAGAUCCAUUUGGAAGACCAAUAUCUUCAAACAAAUCCACUAAUUAUGUUGACGAUAAAUUCGAAUCGGAUAUCGAAUACAGUGAAUCGGAUGGUGAAACGGAAGAUUUGAAAGAAGGUUCGUCAAUUUGGGACAAGGAAUGUGACAUACAACUUGGCGAUCCUACAGAUAGGAUCGCAGUUAUUGGCUGCGAUUGGGAUAAUAUAAAUUCCACGGAUAUUUUUGCACUAUUCCAAACAAUGUACAAGUCAUAUGCAUUAGAAAAGAACAUUGAAGUAACCAACGUGGUAAAAAGAGCCUCAAUUUACCUUUCUAAUUUUGGAAAAUCGCGUAUUCACUCCGAAAGUAUAAAUGGCCCUACGCUCUUGCCAUCCAAUUUCAAUGCUACCAAUACUGAAAUUAAUGAUGAAAAAAUUUAUACAAAUGAAGAAAAUUGUGAUGAUGAACUCUGUGAUAGUGAUAAAUAUGAAACCUUCAGGAAGUAUCAACUGGAAAAGUCGCGAUACUACUACGCAGUUGUUGAACUGUGCAGUGUUGAUGUGGCUAGUGUAUUGUAUGAUGAAUUAGAUGGAGUGGAAGUUGGAUUUGCAAUUAAUUCUUUGGACCUUAGGUUUAUCCCUCCUGAAAUUCAGUUUACUGAUAGUCCAAUCUCACAAGCCAUCGAAAUACCAGCCGGCUAUAACCCACCAGUCACAAACACUUCCGCCCUUCGCCAUUCUAAGGUUACUUGUUCAUGGGAUAUGGCUCCGGCAAAACGCACUAAGAUACUUACCAGAAGGUAUAACUAUGACCAGUUGAAUGAUUUAUGCAUUGACGAGUAUAUAGCCUCUGAUCACUCUUACUCUGAUGUAUCUGAUGGCAAGGCAGCUAAUGAUAAUCGAUCGUCAGAUUCCAAUGAUUCUAAUUAUACAAGUACAAUAAAUGAUACAAAUGAAAGUGAAGAUGAUGAUGUUUCUGGUAGGUUCAGAGGUAAACGUAAAAACAAUUUAAACAAACUCGAACUAAGUAAGUACAGAGAGUUACUACUAAAUACGGCGGAUAAUGAGGAUAGCAGUAAGUACGAUAAAUUUGGCAAUAAAAAUGGGAAAUCGGUUGAGGGAAAAGCUGGCAAUUUUUUAAUCUCAUUCAAUCCCAGAAUUGAAAGGUGCAAACAAUCAGAUUCCAAAUCUGACUAUACUGUCAAUGAUUAUUCAUCAAGUGAUAUCGAGGAAAACGAUGUUAAACAAAUGGAGACAAGUUCUAGUAGAAGAAGUAAAAAGAAGAUGAAAUAUUUCAAGCAUAAAUAUGAUAAAAUGGAUGUCUUCCAAGCGGACUUGGAAGAUCCGAGAUUUGCUGAAGUGUUCACAGGUGAAAACUACGAAAUUGACAUUACAAACCCCAAUUACAAGCACACAGCCACUAAUAAAUCCAUGCUUGAUAAGCGUAGGAGGAAAUUGUCUCGUGCCUAG